AAGUGUCAACUGUCACUUCACGUUUGUCGAUGACUGUUUCUGUUCCCGCUUGUUAAUUAUCAAACUUAGUUAUUAAUCAGAAACUUAUAACAGUACCUACUAAAUAAAACUAUGGAAGACAUAAUAUAAAAGAAGAGGAAUUACUAAAUACCAACUACGUUUAUAGUUUUUACGUAUAGCAUCUCACAUUCGUAUAUACUUUACAAUAUACUCGAAUGCCACUAAUGUGUUUAUUAACAUUGUGAAACAAAACUGAGUGUAAUAAAUUUUACCGUCUCCUAUCACCUGAGACUAAACUGCAAAAAUGCCAUACGCUAAUCAGCCUUCUGUUCAUAUAACCGAACUCACAGAUGACAAUGUUAAAUUCGUUGUGGAAGAUACCGAACUAAGUGUUGCGAAUAGCAUGAGGCGAGUAUUCAUUGCCGAAACGCCAACGAUGGCUAUUGAUUGGGUCCAACUUGAGGCCAACUCCACAGUACUCAGUGACGAGUUUCUGGCUCAUCGUAUUGGACUUAUACCUCUAAUAUCUGACGACGUCGUUGACAAAAUCCGAUACUCAAGAGAUUGUAUGUGCGCCGAUUUCUGUUCAGAGUGCAGUGUGGAGUUUACUCUUGAUGUGAAGUGCACAGACGACCAGACACGCCAUGUCACCACUGCAGAUUUAAAGUCUAGCGAUCCGAGAGUGGUGCCUGUGACAUCGCGGCACCGUGAUGAAGACCAGGCUGAUUAUGGUGAGGCUGAUGAAAUAUUAAUAAUCAAAUUGCGUAAAGGACAAGAAUUGAAGUUACGCGCAUAUGCAAAGAAGGGGUUUGGAAAGGAGCAUGCUAAAUGGAACCCGACAGCAGGUGUUUCGUUUGAAUAUGAUCCAGAUAAUGCAAUGAGACACACUUUGUACCCUAAACCUGAUGAAUGGCCCAAGAGUGAGCACACAGAACUUGACGAGGACCAGUAUGAAGCAGAAUUCAAUUGGGAAGCAAAACCAAAUAAGUUUUUCUAUAAUGUAGAGUCAUCGGGAGCUUUGAAGCCAGAGAAUAUUGUCUUGAUGGGUAUAGUUGUAUUGAAAAACAAACUAUUGAAUCUACAAGUGCAAUUAGCACAAGAAGCACAGCAUGAUGCACUGGCAAUUAAUUAAUUAUCACUAAUUAUAUUUCAAUUAUAAUAAAGAUUAUAUUGAUGA